GCGCGGCCCCGCCAUGGGCUUCCUGCACCAGCUGCAGCUGCUGCUCUGGAAGAACGUGACGCUGAAGCGCCGGAGCCCGGUGAGACAGAGAGAAGUCUGGGCCCCUGGGCCCCUGGUACUUCUUUCCCACUCCGAGCAGAUCCCGGCAGGGCUCACCUUGGUACCCAGCCCGGAGCGGCAAGAGCUGCCCUGCGAACCCUGAGCUGAUGCCCCCUGCAGGCAGGGCCGCCGCGCCCGCCUGAGCCACCUGGGUGGGUCUUGGCCUUCGAGAUUUUCAUCCCUCUGGUCCUCUUCUUCAUCCUGCUGGGGCUUCGGCAGAAGAAGCCAACCAUCUCUGUGAAGGAAGCCUUCUACACAGCAGCACCCCUCACCUCCGCCGGCAUCCUGCCCGUCAUGCAGUCGCUGUGCCCGGAUGGCCAGCGGGACGAGUUCGGCUUCCUUCAGUACGCCAACUCCACGGUCACGCAGCUGCUGGAGCGUCUCAACCGCGUGGUGGAGGAGGGCAACCUGUUUGACCCCGCGAGGCCCAGCCUGGGCUCGGAGCUCGAGGUGCUGCGCCAGCACCUGGAGGCCCUCAGAUCCGGCCUGGACACCUGGGAGAGCCACCUGGACCGACCUGCAGUGUCCUCCUUCUCUCUGGACUCGGUGGUCAGGGACCCACGGGAGCUCUGGCGUUUCCUGACACAGAACCUGUCGCUCCCUGAUGGCACAGCCCAGGCUCUCCUGGCCGCCCAGGUGGACCUGCCCGAGGUGUAUCGUCUGCUUUUUGGCUCUUCACCUGCCCUGGAUGCGGGGUCAGGCAUCCCCAGGGAUCAGGAGCCCUGGAGCCGCCGGGGCAGCAAUCCCCUAUUCCGGAUGGAGGAGCUGCUGUUGACCCCUGCCCUCCUGGAGCAGCUCACGUGCACGCCAGGCUCCAGGGAGUUGGGCCGGAUCCUCACGGUGCCCCAGGGUCAGGAGACAGCGCUGCAGGGCUACCGGGACGCCAUCUGCGGAGGUCAGGACGCAGUGCGUGCCCAGCGCUUUUCUGGGUUGGCCGCUGAGCUCCGGAACCAACUGGAUGUGGCCAAGAUCGCCCAGCAGCUGGGCCUGGAUGCCCCCAACGGCUCCGCCCCCCAGCCGCAGCCAGCCCCUCCCCAGCGGCUGCAGGCGCUGCUGGAAGACCUGUUGGACGCCCAAAAGGUUCUGCAGGAUGUGGACCUCCUCUCGGCCCUGGCCCUGCUGCUGCCUCAGGGUGCCUGCACGGGCCGGCCUCCUGGGCCCCCAGCCAGCGGCCCUGGCGGGGCAGCCAACGGCACCGGGGCUGGGGCAGGCCUGGGCUCCAACACCACGUCCGAGGAGGGUGCCCCGUCCGCUGCAGCCCCGGCCUCCUCCUCGGACGUGCUGCAGGGCCAGUGCUCAGCCUUUGUGCAGCUCUGGGCGGGCCUGCAGCCCAUCCUGUGUGGCAACAACCGCACCAUCGAGCCCGAGGCGCUGCGGAGGGGCAACAUGAGCUCCCUGGGCUUCACGAGCAAGGAGCAGCGGAACCUGGGCCUCCUCGUGCACCUCAUGACCAGCAACCCCAAGAUCCUGUACGCGCCGGCGGGCUCCGAGGCAGAUCGCGUCAUCCUCAAGGGUCCGGGCCUGGCUGGACACGGCUGGGGCCAGGCAGUGCUGGUGAGGACAGAGGAGGGGCCGCGUGCAGAACCCGUCCAGAGCAGCAGCCAGUGGGCCAACGAGACCUUCGCCCUUGUAGGCAACGUGACUCACUACGCCCAGGUCUGGCUCAACAUCUCAGCUGAGAUCCGCAGCUACCUGGAGCAGGGCCGGCUGCAGCAACACCUGCGCUGGCUGCAGCAGUAUGUGGCAGAGCUGCGGCUGCACCCGGAGGCACUGAGCCUGUCACCAGAGGAGCUGCCGCCUGCCCUGCGCCAGGACAACUUCUCCCUGCCCAAUGGCUCGGUCCUCCUGCGGCAGCUGGACACCAUCGACAACGCGGCCUGUGGCUGGAUCCAGUUCAUGUCCAAGGUGAGUGUGGACAUCUUCAAGGGUUUUCCUGACGAGGAGAGCAUCGUCAACUACACCCUCAACCAGGCUUACCAGGACAACGUCACCGUGUUCGCCAGCGUGAUCUUCCAGACCCGCAAGGACGGCUCCCUGCCGCCCCACGUGCACUACAAGAUCCGCCAGAACUCCAGCUUCACCGAGAAAACCAAUGAGAUCCGCCGGGCCUACUGGCGGCCGGGGCCCAACACCGGCGGCCGCUUCUACUUCCUGUAUGGCUUCGUCUGGAUCCAGGACAUGAUGGAGCGCGCCAUCAUCGACACCUUCGUGGGCCACGACGUGGUGGAGCCGGGCAACUACGUGCAGAUGUUCCCCUACCCCUGCUACACACGGGACGACUUUCUGUUUGUCAUCGAGCACAUGAUGCCGCUCUGCAUGGUGAUUUCCUGGGUCUACUCUGUGGCCAUGACCAUCCAGCACAUUGUGGCGGAGAAGGAGCAUCGGCUGAAGGAGGUGAUGAAGACCAUGGGCCUGAACAACGCCGUACACUGGGUGGCCUGGUUCAUCACGGGCUUCGUGCAGCUCUCCAUCUCGGUGACGGCACUGACUGCCAUCCUCAAGUACGGCCAGGUCCUCACACACAGCCACGUGGUCAUCAUCUGGCUCUUCCUGGCCGUCUACGCCGUGGCCACCAUCAUGUUCUGUUUCCUGGUGUCCGUGCUGUACUCCAAGGCCAAGCUGGCCUCGGCCUGCGGCGGCAUCAUCUACUUCCUGAGCUACGUGCCCUACAUGUACGUGGCGAUCCGUGAGGAGGUGGCCCACGACAAGAUCACCGCCUUCGAGAAGUGCAUCGCGUCCCUGAUGUCCACGACAGCCUUUGGCCUGGGCUCCAAGUACUUCGCCCUGUACGAGGUGGCGGGUGUGGGCAUCCAGUGGCACACGUUCAGCCAGUCGCCCGUGGAAGGGGACGACUUCAACCUGCUCCUGGCUGUCACCAUGCUGAUGGUAGACGCGGUCGUCUACGGUGUGCUCACGUGGUACAUCGAGGCCGUGCAUCCAGGCAUGUACGGGCUGCCCCGGCCCUGGUACUUCCCACUGCAGAAGUCCUACUGGCUGGGCAGCGGGCGGACGGAAGCGUGGGAGUGGAGCUGGCCGUGGGCUCGCGCCCCCCGCCUCAGCGUCAUGGAGGAGGACCAGGCCUGCGCCAUGGAGAGCCGGCGCUUGGAGGAGAUGCGGGGCAUGGAAGAGGAGCCCACCCACCUGCCGCUGGUGCUCCGCGUGGACAAGCUCACCAAGGUCUACAAGAGCGACAGGAAGCCGGCCUUGAACAGGCUGAGCCUGAACCUCUACGAGAACCAGGUGGUGUCCUUCCUGGGCCACAACGGGGCUGGCAAGACCACUACCAUGUCUAUCCUCACCGGCCUGUUCCCGCCGACAUCGGGUUCGGCCACCAUCUACGGGCACGACAUCCGCACGGAGAUGGACGAGAUCCGCAAGAACCUGGGCAUGUGCCCCCAGCACAACGUGCUCUUCGACCGGCUUACGGUGGAGGAGCACCUCUGGUUCUACUCGAGGCUCAAGAGCAUGGCCCAGGAGGAGAUCCGCAAGGAGAUGGACAAGAUGAUCGAGGACCUGGAGCUCUCCAACAAGCGGCACUCGCUGGUGCAGACGCUGUCCGGCGGCAUGAAACGCAAGCUCUCCGUGGCCAUCGCCUUCGUGGGCGGCUCCCGCGCCAUCAUCCUGGAUGAGCCCACGGCCGGCGUGGACCCCUACGCACGCCGCGCCAUCUGGGACCUCAUCCUGAAGUACAAGCCAGGCCGCACCAUCCUCCUCUCCACCCACCACAUGGACGAGGCCGACCUGCUUGGGGAUCGCAUUGCCAUCAUCUCCCACGGGAAGCUCAAGUGCUGUGGCUCCCCGCUCUUUCUCAAGGGUGCUUACGGGGAUGGCUACCGCCUCACGCUGGUCAAGCGGCCUGCCGAGCCCGGGGACCCCCAAGAGCCAGGGCUGACAGCCAGCCCCCCAGGUCGGGCCCAGCUGAGCAGCUGCUCUGAGCCCCAGGUUUCCCAGUUCAUCCGCAAACAUGUGGCCUCCUGCCUGCUGGUCUCGGACACCAGCACCGAGCUCUCUUACAUCCUGCCCAGCGAGGCCGCCAAGAAGGGAGCCUUUGAGCGCCUCUUUCAGCACCUGGAGCGCAGUCUGGAUGCACUGCACCUGAGCAGCUUUGGGCUGAUGGACACGACACUGGAGGAGGUGUUCCUUAAGGUAUCGGAGGAGGACCAGUCGCUGGAGAACAGCGAGGCAGACGUGAAAGAGUCCAGGAAAGAUGUGCUGCCUGGGGCCGUGGACUCGUUGUCGGGGGAGGGUCACGCUGGCAACCUGGCCCGGUGCGCAGAGCUGGCACAGUCCCAGGCGUCGCUGCAGUCUGCGUCCUCGGUGGGCUCUGCCCGUGGUGACGAGGGGGCCGGCUACACCGACGUCUACGGCGACUACCGCUCCCUCUGCGACAACUUGCAGGACCCUGACAACGUCAGCUUGCAAGAGGCCGAGGCGGAGACCCUCUUGCGGGUCGGCCAGGGCAGCCGCAAGCUGGAGGGCUGGUGGCUGAAGGUGCGCCAGUUCCACGGACUCCUGGUGAAGCGCUUCCACUGUGCUCGACGCAACUCCAAGGCGCUGUCCUCGCAGAUCCUGCUCCCUGCCUUCUUUGUCUGCGUGGCUAUGACGGUGGCACUCUCCGUCCCAGAGAUCGGCGACCUGCCCCCGCUGGUCCUGUCCCCCUCCCAGUACCACAACUACACCCAGCCCCGCGGCAACUUCAUCCCCUUCGCCAACGAGGAGCGCCGGGAGUACCGAUUGCGGCUGUCCCCCGACGCCGGCCCCCAGCAGCUGGUGAGCACUUUCCGGCUGCCAUCAGGCGUGGGCGCCACGUGUGUGCUCAAGUCUCCGGCUAACGGCUCACUGGGGCCCACGCUGAACCUGAGCAGCGGUGAGUCGCGCUUGCUGGCCACGCGGUUCUUCGACAGCAUGUGCCUAGAGUCCUUCACGCAGGGGCUGCCGCUGUCCAACUUCGUGCCGCCCCCACCCUCGCCUGCCCCGUCUGACUCCCCCGUGUCCCUGGACGAGGACCCGCCGCAGGCCUGGAACACCUCCCUGCCGCCCACCUCCUCGCCAGAGAACUGGACAUCGGCACCCUCCCUGCCACGCCUGGUGCGGGAGCCCGUCCGCUGCACCUGCUCUGGGCAGGGCACCGGCUUCUCCUGCCCCGGCAGUGUGGGUGGGCACCCGCCCCAGAUGCGGGUGGUCACGGGUGACAUCCUGACCGACAUCACCGGCCACAAUGUCUCUGAGUACCUGCUCUUCACCUCCGACCGCUUCCGGCUGCACCGGUACGGGGCCAUCACCUUCGGCAACGUCCAGAAGUCCAUCCCAGCCUCGUUCGGCGCCCGGGCCCCGGCCAUGGUGCGGAGGAUCGCGGUGCGGCGGGCAGCCCAGGUUUUCUACAACAACAAGGGCUACCACAGCAUGCCCACCUACCUCAACAGCCUCAACAAUGCCAUCCUGCGUGCCAACCUGCCCAAGAGCAAGGGCAGCCCUGCGGCCUAUGGCAUCACCGUCACCAACCAUCCCAUGAACAAGACGAGUGCUAGCCUCUCCCUGGAUUACCUGCUGCAGGGCACGGAUGUGGUCAUCGCCAUCUUCAUCAUCGUGGCCAUGUCCUUCGUGCCGGCCAGCUUCGUGGUCUUUCUGGUGGCCGAGAAGUCCACCAAGGCCAAGCACCUGCAGUUUGUCAGCGGCUGCAACCCUGUCAUCUACUGGCUGGCUAACUACGUGUGGGACAUGCUCAACUACCUGGUCCCGGCCACCUGCUGUGUCAUCAUCCUAUUUGUGUUUGACUUGCCGGCCUACACGUCACCCACCAACUUCCCCGCCGUGCUCUCCCUCUUCCUGCUCUACGGGUGGUCCAUCACCCCCAUCAUGUACCCGGCCUCCUUCUGGUUCGAGGUGCCCAGCUCGGCCUACGUGUUUCUCAUCGUCAUCAACCUUUUCAUCGGCAUCACAGCCACCGUGGCCACCUUCCUACUGCAGCUCUUUGAGCGUGACAAGGACCUGAAGGUUGUCAACAGUUACCUGAAAAGCUGCUUCCUCAUCUUCCCCAACUACAACCUGGGCCACGGACUCAUGGAGAUGGCCUACAACGAGUACAUCAACGAGUACUACGCCAAAAUCGGCCAGUUUGACAAGAUGAAGUCCCCGUUCGAGUGGGACAUUGUCACCAGGGGCCUGGUGGCCAUGACGGUCGAGGGCUUCGUGGGCUUCCUUCUCACCAUCAUGUGCCAGUACAACUUCCUGCGGCAGCCGCAGCGCAUGCCCGUGUCGACAAAGCCCGUGGAGGACGAUGUGGACGUGGCCAGCGAGCGGCAGCGGGUGCUGCGGGGGGACGCUGACAACGACAUGGUCAAAAUCGAGAACCUGACCAAGGUGUACAAGUCGCGGAAGAUCGGACGCAUCCUGGCCGUGGACCGCCUGUGCCUGGGCGUGCGUCCUGGCGAGUGCUUUGGUCUCCUGGGCGUCAAUGGCGCGGGCAAGACCAGCACCUUCAAGAUGCUGACGGGCGACGAGAGCACGACGGGGGGCGAGGCCUUUGUCAACGGGCACAGCGUGCUCAAGGAGCUGCUCCAGGUGCAGCAGAGCCUGGGCUACUGCCCACAGUUCGACGCCCUGUUCGAUGAGCUCACGGCCCGGGAGCACCUGCAGCUGUACACGCGGCUCCGCGGCAUCCCCUGGAAGGAUGAGGCCCGGGUGGUGAGGUGGGCCCUGGAGAAGCUGGAGCUGACCAAGUACGCUGACAAGCCCGCCGGCACCUACAGCGGAGGCAACAAGCGGAAGCUGUCAACAGCCAUCGCCCUCAUCGGGUACCCCGCCUUCAUCUUCCUGGACGAGCCUACCACAGGCAUGGACCCUAAGGCUCGGCGCUUCCUCUGGAACCUCAUUUUGGACCUCAUCAAGACAGGGCGCUCGGUGGUGCUGACUUCGCACAGCAUGGAGGAGUGCGAGGCGCUGUGCACGCGGCUGGCCAUCAUGGUGAACGGGCGCCUGCGCUGUCUGGGCAGCAUCCAGCACCUGAAGAACCGGUUCGGGGAUGGCUACAUGAUCACGGUGCGGACCAAGAGCAGCCAGAACGUGAAGGACGUGGUGCGGUUCUUCAACAGGAACUUCCCGGAGGCCGUGCUCAAGGAGCGGCACCACACGAAGGUGCAGUACCAGCUCAAGUCGGAGCACAUCUCGCUGGCGCAGGUGUUCAGCAAGAUGGAGCAGGUGGUGGGCGUGCUGGGCCUCGAGGACUAUUCGGUCAGCCAGACCACCCUGGACAACGUGUUCGUGAACUUCGCCAAGAAGCAGAGCGACAACCUGGAACAGCAGGAGACGGAGCCGCCCUCGGCGCUGCAGUCCCCGCUGGGCCGCCUGCUCAGCCUGUUCCGGCCUCGGCCCCCCACCACUGAGCUGCGGGCGCUCGUGGCCGACGAGCCCGAGGACCUGGACACGGAGGACGAGGGCCUCAUCAGCUUCGAGGAGGAGAGGGCCCAGCUCUCCUUCAACACGGACACGCUCUGCUGACCGCCGGAGCUGGGUCAAGGUCACGCUGUGGGAACGGAAGUCGGGCGGUGGCUGAGGUCCCACCCUGUGCCCCCAGUGCCCGCCUGCCAGGCCCUGGAGUGGGAGGUCCAGGACCAAGGGCUUCAGGCCCCUCCAGCCCCGCCCUCCUCGGCCAUCACGCCACCCUCCCCUCAUUGUGCCAAAGGCUGGCCCGGCCCCGGGCUGCGCACACCCUCACCCUGCUCUGCCUUAAAGCCUUGGGGUCUGGCCAGCCCCUCGCCCCUGCCCAGCUCUGCCCACCACCCCCAGGGCCACGGGGUGACCCGGGCUGCCAGGUACCGCCCGACUUCUCCUGGCGACCCCUGCCCCCCUGAAAGGGCUGUUCUCUUACACCCAGUUUGGAUGGUGGCUGCUACCAGCCUGGGACUGGGGGGCGGGGUUAGGUGCCACCCAAGGCGCCUGUUCAUUUUGCUUUAGGAUGAGCCUCGUCACCCUGGUUUCCCACAGGGAGCCGUUGUCGUGGGCCAGGGAGGGGGCUGCCACAGGGCAGCGGGCCGGGUAGCAGGAACGGAGAAGCUGGCCCCACCGGCCAGGUGAGGGGCCGGACCCCCUCCCCACUCCCUCCGGCUGUCAUUGCUCUCCCACCCAGCUUGGCCCCCUGCCUGCCCACCCGGGAGCCAGACCCGUAUGGAGCGCACAGGUGUUUGUUUUCAAUAAAUAAACAAAAACGUU